UGCAUCCAUGUGGUGGGUUUUAGGGCUUUCUGCCUCGGGUGCAUGAGCGCGCACGCCGCAAUUGUUGAUGGGCGCGCGGAAAAUGAUGAUGAGAGCGUGACCUCACCGCUUUCUGCACAGCUGCUGGAGAAAGGAGGAGGAGGAGGCAGUGAGAAACAGAAACACGCUGAGGGAGACAGACGGAGACCCAGAACAGCAGAGAACACUCAAAACACAACAGGAGCUUCGUAUUCAAAAAAAGGGGGUAGACACCAUCGAGGGGCGUCCCUGGGCACCUUCUCUACCACCUGGGUUUACCUCCCAGAAUGUUCUGUUAUUCCCAGAAAAAGUCCCUGCGGCACAUCCACGCACACUGAAGCCCAGAUGCUCACCCUCUCCGCCGACAUGGACGACUCUUCGUCGCUGCUGGAUCUGCUGGAGUGCUCGGUGUGCCUGGAGCGCCUGGACACCACCGCCAAGGUGCUGCCGUGCCAGCACACCUUCUGCCGCCGUUGCCUGGAGAACAUCGUCAGCUCCAGGAACGAGCUCCGCUGCCCGGAGUGCCGCAUCCUGGUGGACUGCGGGGUGGACGACCUGCCGGCCAACAUCCUCCUGGUUCGCCUCCUGGACGGGAUCAAGCAGCGGCCGCAGCGAGGGAGCGCAGGAGGAGGAGGAGGAGGCGGCAGGAUGUCUCUAGCCGGAGGUGCACUGCAUGGAUACGCAGCCGGGAUAUCCGCCUCCCCUCCGGGAACUGCAAUUAGAGAGCUGCCCGUGGCGACCAGGAGCUCCCCUGUCAAGAAUAUUCCAGCACUGCCUUGUGGUAAAGCACUCUACUCAUAUGAUGGCAAGGAACCAGGCGACCUACAGUUUUCCAAGGGUGAUAUUAUCAUCUUGCGGCGCAAGGUGGAUGACAACUGGUACCACGGGGAGCUCAAUGGUUGCCAUGGCUUCUUGCCAGCUAGUUACAUCCAGCUGUUGCGUCCCCUGAGUCAAACUCCACCUCAGGGCAAAGCUUUGUACGACUUUGAGGUCAAAGACAAAGACCAGGAUAAAGACUGCCUGGCAUUUAGCAAGGACGAGGUGUUGACAGUAAUCAGACGAGUAGACGAAAACUGGGCAGAAGGCAUGCUGGGAGACAAGAUUGGCAUCUUCCCCAUUCUUUACGUCGAGUUAAAUGAAACGGCAAAGCAGCUGAUGGAGAUUGACAAACCUAUGCCAGCUAAUGCACCAGGCCCCAGCUCUGAGCCAGCCCCCUUGGGUCCCUGCACUCCUGGCCCCUCCCCCAGUGCCUCGCCGUCUAAUGGAAAUGGCUCCGGCCACAGGAGAGGUGAAGGGAAGAAAAACGCAAAGAAGCGUCAUUCUUUCUCUGCACUGUCUGUCAGCCAAAGGGCUGCCCAGUUUAACAACAGACACAGCAUGGAGAUCUCCCACCCAGUCCUUAUUAGCUCCUCCGACCCCAGAGCGGCUGCACGCAUUCAGGAUGCAUCUCCUCCAGGUCCCUCUCCUUCCUCAGUGGGGGUACCGCUGCCCCCCAAAGUUGCAUCUCUUACCUCUGAGCUUCUGGCCCAUGCCAAGGUGCAGCUGCCACUCAACAUAUAUUUGGCCCUAUAUGCCUACAAGCCCCAGAAAGCUGACGAGUUGGAGCUAAGGAAAGGGGAGAUGUACCGAGUGACAGAGAAGUGUCAGGAUGGAUGGUUCAAAGGCACCUCACUAAGAACUGCUGCCUCUGGUGUCUUCCCAGGAAACUACGUCACUCCCGUGUCCAGGGCUCCAUUUGGACUUGUGUCUCCUCGAGGUUCAAGUUUGUCCAGUCCGGUUGGAGGAGGGGGAAGUGGGUGCAGUCAAGUGGUGGGUAAAAUCUCAGACUCUUCAUCCCCAGGAUCUCCAGGCCCCUCUUCAUCUCGUCCCUCCACCCCACUUGUGACCUCAGCAAACUGCGUCAACAGCAUCAGCCCAGCAUCUUCACCCCAAACUGCCGCUGCCCAGCUUAAGAACUGCCUGCGGUCCAGCCAGCAUGUGGCCAACCAGGGCCGCACCUCAAUGCAGCUGGUCCACAGUCCUCCUGCUGGGAGUCCAGAGCGCCCCGCUGUGGCUAGCUCCCCUCUGCGUCCUCAAAGCUCCUCUCCCUCACGCUGCCCUGGCCAUUCAGGUCGUCCUCUCUCCAUGGUGUCUCCAGCAUCUAGCUUAGGCCCCUCCCCGCUCUCCUCCCCGGCUUCACGGCCCAUCCUCCCCCUCGCCUCCCCUCUCUCCUGUCUCACACCUCCCAAUAUCUCAGCAGUUUUCCUCAACGGUGAGCCAGCCAGUCCGUUGCAGCCGCCUUCUCCUGGUCCCUCCCAUGCUCCCAUCCAAGGCGCCCUGGCACCCAAAGUGGAGAAGAAGGAGAGAAAAGCAGCAGGUUUGCUAAAGCUCUUGUCAGUGGCUGCAGCCAAAAAGAAACCACGCUCACCCCCUUCCUCUCCACCCACACAUGACCCCUUGCUGGCAGGCCAGGGGGCUGGGGCCACCGAGCCAACCCACCACCCUCACCACCUUCAUCACCACGGCCGCUCGGGCUCCUGUCCGAUGGCGUCACAGGGCCGAGCCGGCUCGUGCCCAAUCGAGAGCGACAUGGCGGGGGCAAUAGGGUUGGAGCCUCUGCACAGGAAGUCCGGUUCCCUGGACACCAACUUCCCCAUGUCGCCUCCAGCAACACGUGCUGGCAGCGCUAUAAUGGUCCUCCGGCCUGAGCCCAAACCUUUGUCGAGAGAGAGGUAUCGCGUGGUCGUUCCUUACCCGCCUCAGAGUGAGGCAGAGAUUGAACUGCGGGAAGGGGACGUGGUGUUUGUUCAUAAGAAGAGGGAGGACGGGUGGUACAAAGGCACCCUGCAGAGGACGGGACAGACCGGCUUGUUUCCCGGCAGCUUCGUCGAGAGCUUCUGAGCUGUGAGAAGGGGACCAAAGAGUUUGUUCCUGUUUCAGAGUCACACACACAAAAACAAGCUACACGAACACAUGCAGCAUUUAGUUCGAGGUUGGGCUGACAUUGGUUUCCCAGAUUCAUUUUUUCCUUUGCUGGAUUAAAAUCCAUCAAAUUAAAGGUUUUGUUUUUUAACCUGCCUUAAGAAACUUACUCUUAGAGAAUGAAAGGAGAAAAAUACGUUUUUACCUUUCUUCUUUUAAACAUGGCAAGCAAUACGCAAGUUUUAAAUUAAUCCAUGUUUGAAGCAACCACAAAUCGUAAUAAAUGUCAACAGUUUUCAGAAGUCCAUAUUAGUCCAACUAAUUCACAUACAGUUCAUUUAGCACACAAUGCCUCCUCCACAAUUAUUGUGUAACAUGUAAAAAGCCUUAAAGUUAAUCUAUUUUUUAUUGCAGUAGCAUAGUUUCACACUGAAUAAAUGAGAAAAAUCCAACCUUAAAUUGGAGCACAUUCAGUUUAUUCAUGAUAUUAACACAUUACAGGCCACCUCUAAAGGUGGUCCGAACAAAACAGCCCUCAGUGUUUCUUGAUGUUGGUCAAAAAGAUUUUUCCAGAAAAAAACACCUCCUGUCCUACUAUGACAAAUGUAAACAUGUGACAUCUGUAAAAUUGGAACUUUAAAUGGAACUGUGUGGUGUGUUCAGAUAAGACUAAGAGUGAGCUUUUUUGCAAUGAACACUUUAGGUUAAUCUGAAUAUGAGGAAAAGCACCUACUGUUAGAUAAGGUGGAGGAUCUGUGAUGCUGUGGGCCUGUUAUUUAACCAACGGCCCUGGGUACCUUGUUGAAGUGCAGAAGACCAUGAACUAUUUAAAAUAUCAGAAACUUUUAGAUAAGAAAUCUUUUGGCCUCUAGUGGAAAACUGACAUUUUUGUCAUUGAGCAUUAUAACAGAAUAAUUAUCCAAAACAUAUCAACACAGUAAUGGUUAACCAGAGACAAAAUUACCCCUUUUCCUUGCUAUCCCUAUACCAAAGAACUAGUCAGUGUGACUCUGAUGGGAUUUUCUUACCCUCUAAAUACAACUAAAGGUUUCAUUUUUCUCAAUUUGUCAUUGUGAGAUGAUGCCACUGCAAAAAAAGGCACAUUUCUUUAAAGACGCAAAACACAUUUCUACCAGGGAUGCCAAUAAUUUUGGAGCGCACUGUAGGACACGCAGUCCCGGCUUUAAACCAGCCCAGCCUCCUGGAUGGAGUUUACAGACAACUUGUGCUCCGAAGCUACUGAAGGCACAGACUCAAAGAGCACAGAACAAUGAGCCAUGCCUCCCAGAUCUCCUGUUUGGCAUUGUCCACCAGCAAACAUUAGCACAAAAAUUAUUAGCUCUGUUUUUCCACUGAGACCUCAGAACUUGAAUCCGGGUGCUGUCUUCGUUUGAGGAGGAAACAUUCACAGCCAGGCAAUGAGGGAAGAGCGUGAGGCUGCACUCCGGGAUCUUCUCGUCUACUCUGUGACAGCGAGCACACGUUUGGUUUCAGCCCAGUAUAUGUUGACAAUGCAUGUAGCAUUAUUAUGUUUCUUUUUAUAUGUUGUAAUAGGUGUUUGUGUUGUCCUGCUGUGAUGAUCUGUCACAACAUUUUAUUUAAAGAGAAAAUGCAGAAUUAGGACAUCCCAUUUUUCUAUUUAUAUGUCUUACAUGACUAAGAAAAUAUUGAACUUUUAUUACAUUUUAUUUUUUGACUCUCAAACCCCAAUUUAACUUAAAAUAGCUGGCUUGUUGAAUGUACAAAGAAACAGAAAGUCACACUGAAACUCCUCUACAGACUUUAUUUGUAUUUGUAAAGUUUUUUUUUACUUUGAGAUUAGACACAAAAGAAAUGCACUUGGUAAUAUUUGUUACAACCUGCCUCUAUACCUACAUAUACAGUAUUUGUAGUAUUUACGAGUCAAUGGGAUUUUCACCACAUUUCAACUACUUUUUAAACAAGUUUUCUUUUCCUGCCAGCAGGCGCAAACUAGCUGGACACAAUAACAAAAGCUUAAAAACUCAAAAUUUUACUUUUGAAAAGCUUGGAAACUCAUUUCUGGAAUCAUUUAUCAUUGAAAAGGUCAUUUGUUUUAGGAAUCAAUUUAGAAAAGUAAAGGUAUUUAUUAUAUAUAUUCAUUAAAUACAGAAUGAUGUA